AGAGUUUCUGAGCCAUCGCGAGCCGGGCCCGGACCUGGAGCCCACAGCGGCGCGGCGAGAGAAGCUGGCGUCUUCCUAGCUUGCCCACGCGGAGUGACCCCCAGACAUCUCACUAAAAUGAGCGUGCUUAGCAGGAAGAGAUGUGUUCCUUACACUAGCAAUUACCCCGUCACAUGUAGUGGUGUCUCAAUUAAUGGAUUCUGACAUGGAUUAUGAAAGGCCAAACGUAGAGACCAUCAAGUGUGUGGUGGUGGGGGACAACGCCGUGGGCAAGACCAGGCUCAUCUGUGCCCGGGCCUGCAAUGCCACCCUCACGCAGUACCAGCUGCUCGCCACCCAUGUGCCCACAGUGUGGGCCAUCGACCAGUAUCGUGUGUGCCAAGAGGUGCUGGAACGCUCCCGAGAUGUGGUAGAUGACGUCAGCGUCUCCCUGCGCCUCUGGGACACCUUUGGAGACCACCACAAAGAUCGCCGUUUUGCUUAUGGGAGAUCGGAUGUGGUGGUUCUGUGCUUCUCCAUUGCCAACCCCAAUUCCCUCCACCAUGUCAAGACCAUGUGGUACCCAGAAAUCAAGCACUUCUGCCCUCGAGCACCUGUCAUCCUGGUGGGCUGCCAGCUGGACCUGCGCUAUGCUGACCUGGAGGCUGUCAACAGGGCAAGGCGGCCCUUGGCUAGGCCCAUCAAGCCCAAUGAGAUCCUUCCCCCAGAGAAGGGUCGGGAGGUGGCCAAGGAGCUGGGCAUCCCCUACUAUGAGACCAGCGUGGUGGCCCAGUUUGGCAUCAAGGACGUCUUUGACAAUGCCAUCCGGGCUGCACUCAUCUCCCGGCGCCACCUGCAGUUCUGGAAGUCCCACCUGCGCAAUGUGCAGCGGCCUCUGCUGCAGGCGCCCUUCUUGCCCCCCAAGCCACCUCCCCCCAUCAUCGUGGUGCCCGAUCCCCCCUCCAGCAGUGAGGAGUGCCCUGCCCACCUCCUGGAGGACCCGCUCUGUGCGGACGUCAUCCUGGUGCUGCAGGAGCGGGUGCGUAUCUUUGCCCACAAGAUCUACCUCUCCACCUCCUCCUCCAAGUUCUACGACCUGUUCCUCAUGGACCUGAGUGAGGGGGAGCUGGGAGGCCCCUCGGGGCCAGGAGGCCCUUGCCCAGAGGACCACCGGGGCCACCCCGAUCAACACCACCACCAUCAUCACCACCACCAUGGGCGGGACUUCCUGCUACGGGCAGCCAGCUUUGAUGUGUGUGAGAGUGUGGAUGAGGCAGGAGGCUCCGGUCCUGCUGGUCUCCGAGCCUCAACCAGUGAUGGGAUCCUGCGGGGCAACGGAACAGGGUACCUGCCAGGCAGGAGUCGUGUGCUGUCUUCCUGGAGCCGAGCUUUUGUCAGCAUUCAGGAAGAGAUGGCAGAGGAUCCUCUGACCUACAAAUCCCGGCUGAUGGUAGUGGUGAAAAUGGACAACUCCAUCCAGCCGGGGCCCUUCCGGGCUGUUCUCAAGUACCUGUACACAGGGGAGCUGGGCGAGAAUGAGCGUGACCUCAUGCACAUCGCCCACAUCGCCGAGCUGCUGGAGGUCUUUGAUCUGCGCAUGAUGGUGGCCAACAUUCUCAACAACGAGGCCUUCAUGAACCAGGAGAUCACCAAGGCCUUUCAUGUCCGCCGCACCAACCGGGUUAAGGAGUGCUUGGCCAAAGGCACCUUCUCAGAUGUGACCUUCAUCCUGGAUGACGGCACCAUCAGCGCUCACAAGCCCGUGUUGAUUUCCAGCUGUGACUGGAUGGCCGCCAUGUUUGGGGGGCCAUUUGUGGAGAGUUCCACCAGGGAGGUGGUGUUCCCCUACACGAGCAAGAGCUGCAUGAGGGCGGUGCUGGAGUACCUCUACACGGGCAUGUUCACCUCCAGCCCCGACCUGGACGACAUGAAGCUUAUCAUCUUGGCCAACCGCCUCUGCCUGCCGCACUUGGUUGCCCUCACAGAGCAGUACACGGUGACUGGGCUGAUGGAGGCAACCCAGAUGAUGGUGGACAUCGACGGGGACGUCCUCGUGUUCCUAGAGCUGGCUCAGUUCCACUGUGCGUACCAGUUGGCUGACUGGUGUCUCCACCAUAUCUGCACCAACUACAACAACGUGUGCCGCAAGUUCCCCCGAGACAUGAAGGCCAUGUCCCCAGAAAACCAGGAGUACUUCGAGAAGCACCGCUGGCCACCCGUGUGGUACCUGAAGGAGGAGGACCACUACCAGCGUGCGCGCAAGGAGCGCGAGAAGGAGGACUACCUGCACCUGAAGCGGCAGCCCAAGCGGCGCUGGCUCUUCUGGAACAGCCCCUCCUCCCCGUCCUCCUCGGCGGCCAACUCCGCGUCCCCGUCCUCCUCCUCCUCCUCGGCCGUGGUCUGAGAUGCUGCCACCCUCCUCUGACCCUGCCGCUGCCGCCCCGUUUGUCCUGUCCCUGCGCUCUUCAGCAUCGCCCUCCACCCAGCGAGGACGAGGGGACCCACCUGCCAGGACCCCAAGGGCAGAGCUGUUGUCACCAGCCAGCGCGGCUUAGGAGCUGCCCUUCCUCAGAACGGGGUCACCCAUGGGGCUGGGAGGCGGAGGGGAAAGGGCUCUGGCAUUUCCUCUCUGGCCUCGAGAACCCUCCAGUCGGAGGGAAACACCUUCCAGCAGGAGGCCCUGUCUGUGUGUCUGUCCCUGCUCAGGCCAGGGAGGCAGCGCCUCUCCCAGAGAGCAGCGAGGGUCCCACCUCAGCUGGCCGUGUCUUUCCAUCUGUGGACCUGAGGUGGCAAAUGUUUCGUGGGCAUUUCUACAUAGAGCACACUCAGCUCCUCACUGCAGAAGUCAGGGGAGAAAUUAAGCUUUCAAAGCCGGACUCAAGAUGUCUUCGUCCUGGGAUGCAGCUGCAAGAGACCACACGUGUAAAGGUUCUUGUCCUGCCGGUGCCCCCUCAGGGCCAUGGGCAAAGCAGGCCUGCUGGCAGGUGGCUAAGGUGGUCGAGUUCCAGGCCCUGAGGCAGGACCUCCUGGUGCAAUGAGAAACUUCUCUUCCCCCUCCUGUCUGCCUCCCAUUUGGAGAUGGAGCCGAAGGAAGCAGCUGCAAUAGGGAAGGAAGAAAGGGUGGAGCUUGUGCAAAGCAAUCCCUGGCUCCUCUGGGGCCCUGUCCCUGUCCCUGAGUAGCACUGCUUUUUAUGGGGUGGGGCAGAAUUAGCCAAAAAGAGCCCCAACAGCAAAGGAAUGAAAACCAAACUCAAAAGAAGAUCACCACCAACAGAAACACUAUCUCCCCAAAGAAUGAAGAUCAGAAAAAGACCCUGUAGAGAUCACACUUUUCUAAUCCCAAACCUAAGCCCUCAGGGUAAGGGGACAGGGUUCGGUCACACCAUAACCCUGACCCCUGUAGGAAAGGACCUGUCUCCUUCUGAGGAUGCCCUGGCUCCAGGCCUCCAGCUCACCGGGGCAAGCUGUGGGGUUAGAGGGGAGGGCUGUGACCUAAGGGCUCGAGCAGCACUGGACUCUCCUCUGCCCAGUUUGAAGGUGCCGGCUGUGACGGUGACCUAGCAGGACGUUCACACGGAUGCAGUGGGUGGGGAGCAGGGGGCAGAUGUCAGGGGAAAGGACAGCAGAACAGGAGUCUCCUGUAAUGAAGGAUCAAGGACAGGACCUCAUCUGGUCCUGGUUUAGGAUAUAGGGAAGGGGAAAAGAAGAGAUUGAACAGGACAAGUCCAGAGAGGGUGAGCCUGGAGGAUUCAAACAAUGGCUUUGCCCAUGGAGCAAAAGCUGGGCCUCAGCUGACCUUUUCCCCAUUUCCUAAUCCUGAUCCAUACUUCACCACCCUUCCCCCUUCUUACACCUCUAGGAUGGGCUCCUGCUGAAGAGGGCACAGUCAGGAGGCAGUGGGCAUGGUCUCAGAGCCCUGACAAAAUGCUUUAGGGAGAGGGACAGCUAGGUACCAGGGAUGGCCUGGUUAGGUCUAGGAUGGGCCACCCAGAUGCAAGGUGACUCUGCAAUGAAUGUGUGGUGUCAGCACUUGGAGCUGUGAGGUUGUGCUGGAGGUCAAACAGGGCUAGAUUUGGGGUGAACCCAUUUUCUGGGCUGGGAGCUUUCAAGUCCUCCAGGUUGGCUGGCUGGGAAACCAGUCCCAUGCUGUCCUCUGCUGGCUGGUUAGACUUCCUGCAGCUGGGCUCUGCCCUUGGCUUCCAAGGCAAGGCUGAGCCACCGCCUUUGAGAAGGGAGUAUCCAGGAGACCAGGGCAACUCCUUCCCUCCAGGAAGGGGACAGAGUUGAAGGCACACAUGGACUUCCCAGGAACUGUGGGUCUGAGAGAGCAAGGGUAAUUGGUCUCCCAGGAGCCUGCAGGGCUCAGUACCUGGGGCUACUGAGGAUGGACAGGCUGGAGGGGACAGAAGGGAGCCCACAGAACAGUGCCACAGGAUCCCUGCACCCCAGGCCCACACACUCCUCAGGGACCCACCGCCCUUCCCCACAGCUCUGGCAGAGCCAGUCUGCACCCCAGAGAAACCACCCCACGAGGCUGUGGGGGAGCCAGGCUGGAGAGGGACAGGGAGGAGGUGUGAGUUCCAGUCCCCUUGGGACUGGUGCUUUGGAUGCCAGAGGCAGAAGCAGAAAGAAUGCCAUGUAGGACAAGCCCCGGGCAUAAGGCGGAGGAGGGCAAGGGGUGGAUCACACAGCAAGAACACACUCCCCGGACUCCUCACACUCCGAGCUGUUUCUGAGGCUGGGAGGACGGGGCCAAAAAACAGAAACCCACACCUCUUUUUAUAUAAAUUUCAUAUUUAAUUUGGUCAUAAAUUCAUAAUACAUACGUAUUUUGUACCUAA